AUGGAGAAGCCCGAGCCACCAAAAAAGGCUAACUCGAAUACCAUUGAGCAGAGUACAGCUUAUACUACACCGCCAAAUGGUGGUCUCAAGGCCUGGCUGCAGGUGGCAGGCUCCUUCUUCCUCUUCUUCAACUCAUGGGGAACGGUCAACACAUAUGGUGCCUUCCAAACCUACUAUGAAAUCGGCCUGCUUAAGGCCCAGUCCAGCUCAGACAUCUCCUGGAUCGGCGCAAUCCAAGCAUUUCUCCUCCUCCUAAUUGGAGUUAUCACUGGUCCCCUAUAUGAUUCAGGAUACUUUUACUUGCUCAUCAUCACUGGCUCCGCCCUCAUCGUCGUCGGAUUCAUGACUCUCAGCGUCUGCACCUCAUACUGGCAAGUCCUCCUCGCGCAAGCAUUCUGUAUCGGACUCGGCAAUGGAUGUCUCUAUAUCCCCUCUGUAGCCAUAAUCCCACAAUAUUUCUCCUCGCGGCGUCCCAUCGCUAUCGCUAUCGCCGCGUCUGGAAGCAGCCUCGGAGGCGUCCUGUAUCCCAUCAUCUUCCGCCAACUCCAGCCUCGCAUCGGCUUCGGAUGGGCCACACGGAUCCUCGGGCUUAUAGUCCUGGUAACGACUGUCUUUUCCCUGUGUGUUAUGCGCGUACGUGAAACUCCCAAGCACAAAAGCGUCUUAGCCGAAUUCUCCGCCUUCAAAGAGAUACCUUACACCUUAUUCUGCGUGGCCAUGUUCUUCGGCUACAUUGGCUUCUUCAACCCCAUCUUCUACAUAGAAGCCUAUGCCAUCCAAAAGCAUGCCGUAGGCGAACCCCUCGCCUUCUAUCUUGUCUCAAUACUCAAUGCUGCGUCUGUUCCGGGGAGAAUCAUCCCAGGACUUCUAGCCCCGCGCUUCGGGCCGUUGAACAUUCUCCUGGCGAGUGCUAUCAUCAGUGGGAUUUUAGCGCUAUGCUGGAUCGCUAUCACAGACUCCGGGGGUUUGAUUGCAUUUGCUGUCCUGUAUGGAUUUUUCUCUGGGGCUUUUGUUGCACUUCCCGCUGUGGCUUUGACCGCCCUUGCUCCGAACCUUGAAACCUUGGGAACGAGGCUGGGUAUGUGUUCGGUGUUGUGUGGGUUGGGGUCACUGUGUGGUUCACCUGUUGCGGGUGCCAUUUUGGAUAAUACGGGGUCGUAUCUCGGCGUGCAGCUGUAUUCCGGGCUUAGUAUUGGGGCUACGGGUGUGUUAUUACUCUUUGCGAGGAUGUCGAAGAAGGAUUGA